UAGGAAACAAAAAGAAACACUCAAUCAUACUCCUUAUUACCACAAAUUUGAUACGGGUGUCCACCACCACAAAUACAAUUAACAUGAUAACAUAAUCAACUUUUAUUUAUUUAUAGGACAAUUCCUUUCUCACACGAGAUUACAUUAUAUUUAAGACAAACAAUUUAUGGUAAAAUCUUAACAACCCCGGUAUUCCAAAUUAUUUUAUUUUUUAGCUAGCUAACACAAACACAUACACACACACACAAAAAAACACCUCAAAGAAUUUUGCCCUAAACCAUUUCUCCAAUCGUAACAUCUCUGGCCUCGUUGUUCCAGGAUAAGUUUCCAAACAACAGGUCUGAUAAGGUCAUACCAAAGAAGCAUUGGAUGCCACCCAUAGAAGGGUACAUGAAGCUUAACAUAGAUGGUGCGUGGAAGUCAGGGAAUAUUGCUGGAGGGGGAGGUGUCUUUCGAAGACACACUGGUUCCUGGUUUGUGGGAUUCUCCACAAAAUUUAAGGUUCAUUCUCCUCUAGCUUCUGAGCUUUAUGCAUUGAGAGAGGGCCUGAAGAUAGCAAAAAACUUCAUGAUUGACAAAUUGGAAAUAGAGACUGAUGCUCUAAAUCUGAAGUUGUUGCUGGAUAAGGUGAAGGAUCAUCCUCAUCAUGAGUUGGGCCCUGUUCUUAGGGAGGUUUCUCAGUUAUUAGGGGAGGGAUGGAUUAUCACUUUCUCUCAUAUCCCCAAAACUUACAACAGAGUUGCUCAUGCCUUAGCAGCGCAUUCUUUGAUUAUGAUGGUGCAACAUAAGCUUCAUUAUAUAAUUCCUUCCUGUGCCAAAGAUGAAUAUGAAGGGGAUUUUGAGAAAGCAAAUCCAGUCUAUGUAGAAGAGAUGAGAAGAAACGCUCGUGAGCAGGUUCGAUCUAUUUGUAAUGCAAAAAAGAAGAACACGGAGAUUAUAAACACGAUUGGUGAAGGUUCUCCAGCUUCUCAUAUUGUUUUUGGCUCCAUUGUUUCGACCAUUAAGAAGGCGUUGCAAAGUUCAAAUACUGCUCAGCAAGGAGUUGAGGUGGAUAAAGGAAAAGGCAAGGAGUUUGUUCCAUUCGUUGUUGGUGGUUCAACAACAACAAAUAACAUACAAGUUGUUGAAAUUGAAGAUGAUGAGGAAAAUGGAAGCGUUACCAACAACUAAUUUGGAUGACUUCAUUUUGGGGAGACGCAUGCGUCCACAAGUUUAUGCUUUGGCGUUCUUUUGUAUAUAUUAGUAUGUUAUGUGUCUUUUGCUUUCCUUUCGGCAAGGUUGGAUUUCACAAGUUAUAGUUUCCUCCGGUAUUUUGGGUUGGUUUACUUUGCGUUAUCCUACGCUUUUUAGAAGUGUUAGGAAUAUUUUGGAUAUUGGUGCUCCAACUUUGUUUUCUCUCUUUGAGAAUUUUGAUCUGGGGAUUUUAGCCCUUCCUAAUUAAUAUAUAUCGUCGGAUUUGCGUAAAAAAAACAAAUAUAGUGGAA